AUGUAAAAAAUCAAAUUACUCGUUUUUCUAGCUUUGGCAGCCACCAUAGCAGCAGUCAUGUAUUAAUAUGCACCUUUGGAAUAAUAUUACGUAUUGAUUAUCUAAGUGCGUAGAACCUAAGAAGACUGUCUCAUGAAACUUACACAAAAGGUGAAGCCAACUAUGAAUUUUGUAUGGAAUUAUGUACAAGCAAAGGAGGAGUCAAUUGCGGUGGCAAAAGAAAGGGUACGUAUAUUCGUUUUUAAAAUUCAAGGUUGCUGCCAUGCCAAUGCUUGUAGUGCCAAUAAGAUCUACGGAUGGGAUGAAUGUGCAAAGGGUUAAUCAGUAAGACUUGGUACAGACAGAUGCAUCGGUAGUUGGGAUUGAGUUAAGAUUCGAGCUUACAAUAAAUAUAUAAUUUUA